GCGACAGCAAUAUUGUAGAUUAGCCUGUUACGGAGUGAGAGGUUUCUUUAAGGGGAGAGAAAGCGCAACUGGAGAGUACAAAGUCGGAGGAAUGGCAGCGUUACCGCAAUUGGACGAGGAUAAGAUGAAGCUGGUGCAGGAUUUAGAAAUAGAAAUGAUGUCGGACAUGUACAAUCGCAUGACAUCCGCAUGCCACAGGAAGUGUAUAGCACCAAAGUACACCGAGAGUGAACUGGGCAAGGGGGAAUCGAUAUGUCUGGAUCGUUGUAUCGCUAAAUAUUUAGACGUUCACGAACGUAUCGGCAAGAAACUUACGCAGAUUUCGAUGCAAGAAGCAAAACUCGCGGAGCAACCAAAGACAAGUUAAAUCUAUUACCAUUAGUUUUGCAUUUUACAAGAUCUCGACUUAUAAUCUGUUGUCUUCAGUCCGCCUUCAGUUAUGACAGUUUUAGAAGGGUUCGUAACCUAAGUUAAUGACAUUGUAGUACCAUUCUGUAUUUCAAUUUAUAAAUAAACUGAACGUUAUGACAUGUUACAAAA